AUGAAAUCCGUCGCUUUCCUUGCAUUUGCUUUGCUGUCAAUGCAGUGUGUUUCAGCACAAGUAACAGCACCAACAAGGAAUUACAAUGUUACUAGCCCGGUAACAGAUGGCCCAUAUGUCGUAGAUCAAAUUCUUCCUUGCACUUAUCGUCUCUUCUCCGACGUUGACAGCUCAUCUCUUAAAUUGCAAAUCGUCCUUAAGGCUGUAUCCACCGAUGCUAGUGCUCAACAACAAGAUAUCACUAUCGCCGAAAACGCUGAUGUAUCCAAGACCGAAGCCUCCGCAAAGCAUGCGGGCAAUAUGACCUACUAUGAACAUUCGAUCAAUUUCAAGAUUCCUCAGACUGUCAGGCCUGGCAAGUACAAUGUCGUUUUUAAGGACAAGUCAACCAACACGGAGUUGGAGGUGCCCAUUGAGAUUCGGUCGGCCGCAGCUGCCAAUUCGCCUAGCACGGGCACAGGGGGUAAAACGAGCGGCAGUUCUUUGGGUGAUGGAGCUUCAGUUGACGGUUCCAAAAGUAUCUUUGCUGCCAGCGCUGUUAAGACGACUCCCUCCUCGUCAUUCUCGGUUCCUUUCUUCUGUGUCUCUAUCGCUGCUGCUACGGCCGCUUUUGCACUCGUAUAG